AUGGCGGAAGUCGAAUUCAGGCGGCGCCAGCGGAUCAUGGAGAAGUGCCGCCAGGUCACAGGGAUCACCCCCGCCCUUCGCCCGCAUCCGAUCCAACGAAUCGAAUCCGCCGGACGGAAGGGGCGGAAGGGGCGCCUGUGUUUGGGGAAGCGCGAAGAGAUUGCGACCUCCAAGAAGAACUUGGGACCUUCGUGGCGCUUCCUUUCCAAGGUCUUUGUGGAGAGCAUCUGCGACAACAAGGAGAUCCUGGAAAGGAACUACUCGUUGAAGUUGGCCAACGAUGACUACAGGGCUAUGGACCCGGUAAAGGCAAAGAUCGACUUCCUGAAGCGCGUGGAGGAGUACAAGUCGAGGUAUCAGACGGUGUCGGACCUGGAGGAUGACGGGGAGAUUUGCUAUAUCAAGCUGUUCAACGUGGGCCAAAAGGCGGAGUAA